GGGGCGUUGUAUAACGGCUGAACUACGCCCUGAUUUCUGUAAAUACCCACAACAACCACGGUGAACCGUUGCACGGUAAACAAACGGCGAUGUGCUGAACUAUUAAAAAUAUAUUUGUUUUUAAUUAACGCAUGACUUUCAUCGUUAAGUUCCUCUUUGACUUGUAACAUGGAGCUGGACCGGCGGCUGUUGCUGGCCCACUGUGCUGCUCACACCCUCUCGGUCGUGGCGGGCCUGCUGGUGGUCGUCCCCAUGGCUCUCAGCGGCUCUGCCUUCAAAGGCCGCUGCGCGCUCUUCUCCACCGGCUACUGGAGGACGGAGGACCGGGAGGAGCCGACGGGACAGCCGGGAGACGUCGCUCACCUGGUGGUGCAGCAGUGGGGCCCACCGGCGGCCUGCCAGUUCGCCACCUUUGUGGGUAUUUUCACGGUGCUGUACGGUGCAGCGCAGGGCUGGAGGAGCCUCUUCUAUCUGCACGGACGACACGAUGACACCCUGUUUUCGUCCUUCCUGACGGUGCUGCUGAGUGUGUGUGUGCUCUUCCUGUCCGGAGGGGCCAGUGUGAUCCUGUCUCUGGGACUCGUCUCCUGGUGUGACACCGUGACUGAUCACAACUCACGGCCAUACAGCUGUGCAGAGUCCCAGUCUGUCCCGCUUUACCUGGAUGUGAACACCUCCUCUUUCUACACAGAGCUCAGUCUGGCACAGGCGUCUCUGUGGGGCGUGACGGCUCUGUGGCUGGCUCAGUCCAUUCUGGCGUUCCUGCGGCUCUACCACUCUCACAGCCAGCACAUCAGCAGGCCGUGUCGUCCUCGAGAGAAGGAGCUGCUGCUGGGACACAGUCCGUCUGACAGCGGCUCCCCCACACCUCCACAUCCUCCAGCAACACCCACCAUCUUUGUCUAACUGAGAGAGUGUGAGGUAGUGAUGAACAGCACUAUAGUUAACAUGUAGAAUAUGGGCAUGGCAGUAUGGCUUGGGACAUCAUAUUUAGUGUAUGUUUCUAUUUUGAUUUAAUUUAUUAUGUUAUACAAUAAGAGCCUGGAUGAUAAAUGGUAUGGGCGUAUAUGUCAGCUGAUAUGUAACGAGAAAUGCCAAAGAAAUGUCGUUUAGAGUCGGUGUCUCCAUUAUAUGUUUGUCCUCCAGAGAGCACUGACAAGUUUAUUUUUACCAUCCACUACGCGGUCAGGCUAUAUUAUGUAAUGACAUGAUGACUUUUGAGCAGGGCCAAAAUCACUCACUUUACAUUACACUGCCAUCACAGUCGGCCAUGUCUCACUCAAGCACCACAACUUAGAGUUACACUUUGGGCCUCUUGUAUUUAUUACAUUUGAGUACAUUAGAUUAAGUAUUCAGUUUGAUUAAAGAUAAACAAAGAUUUUAACCCAUUUCCUUGUCUAAAUAGCCAGAAAGUAACAAAAAGCAGUUGUGGAUGAACUGCUCCAAAUACUUAACGCAACAAAAGAAGCUAAUUAAGUCUUCUUAUUUUGGAAUAAUGGAAUGUAUUCCUGUUCUUCCCAUUCUGCUGAAAUUCCAUGAAUGCAGCAUUACACAUCUCCUUGCUUGUUUUGUGUGACAUAAGAAAAAUGUCAAUGCAGUAGAGCCUACAAUUCAAGCAAGGACAUCGUGUCAUUUCCAGCUACAUUUUUUUGGAUUAGGAAGUAAAGUUUAAACUUUGAAAACAUCUUUAUUAUCACGCAGCAGACUGAAUGUUUUCAUGUAUAUGGUUAAAAGAGACUAAAUUAUUCUCUGAAGUGUUGGUAAACAAGCUUCUGUUUUUUUCAAAGCUGUGUGGGAAUUUGUUUAUUUUUAGCUCCAGCGUAAUGAAGAUGCAUGAGAGCCACUAACUGGGACGGACCUCAACUCUUUGCUGGAACAAAAGGGAUUUUACUGUAUUCAGUCAUCUAAUAUCAACAGUGUUAUUCAGAAGCUAAUAAUCAUUCUUGUCAUUUGAUGGUGACUUUGUGAAUUACAGUUUAUUCACGUCACUCAAUGACUUCACAAGGAACCAGAUGGUGUUUUUCUUUCAGUCCGUUUUGGAUAUAUUUAAUAUGCAUGGUUAUUUACAUGUCUGCUGGAGAAUGACGUUUUGCACAGUUGUGUCGUCAUCAGGGAGAAUGCACUUUGUUGACUGAGUGUAAAGUUCAAACGUAGCACUGAGGCGCUUUUAUUGUGAAGCAUGUGGUGAGAGUGUGACUGAGCCACCAAGUACCAGGCUCACUGUGUGAGCACGACCCCCCCCCCCGAUGUUCUGUUGUGUAACGGAAAAAUCACUGCUGACCGUCUCUCUCUCUCUUCUUGUGAAGAUUUUUGUUAUGAUGCUGUUUGUCUGGAAGCAGCCGCUCUCAGGGCGCUAAUGAAGCGGUCAAAUCGUCUCAGAUGACACUUGUAGAGUUUGCAGAGUGUAAUUAGGAGGUAAACCCUCACGGAUCGGUGCUAGUUGUCAUCUUGAGAGAGAUUUGUGCGGAGCCCAGAAGGGUGAAGUGAAGAGGAAAGAAGUUACUGACUUUUUUGAGUUUUUAAAACAAAUGAUUUGAAGUUAAACUUCUCUCCUAUUAUCAUCGUCGACCGAAGUGGCUGCAAUGACACACAGACAGCGGAGCAGGAAAUCUGAAGUAAAGAGAGAUGAGACAGUAAUGUCACUUGAAAUGAUUUGUAAUAUAUGAAAUGUUUUGUAUUAUAACUGACAGUGGUCUUGCUUUUUACCUCUUAUACCUGUUUUUGCUCAUUCACAUUCAUGUUUUUUUGCAUUUGUCUUCUUUGUCGGAAAUAAAAAGCUUCCCAUUAUGAAA